AUCAGCCAUUGAGGAUAUUCAAUAAAUUGAACGAUGCCAACCCGUAUUUUCCCAUCAAGAUUGGAAAUUGAAAGUGUUGGGUCAACUUCUGCUCAAGAAAUUGCUGUUUUGAAUUCGACAAGGCAAGCAUCAAUGAGAAGUGAUAAAAUCAAUGUAAAAACAAACAAUAGCAAGAUUAUGAUAGUGCCCAGUGCCAGCACAAAUGAUUCCAUUCAAGUAGAUGAAAAACGAGGUGAUGUGUUUGAUAAUCCGUUGAGUACCGGAAGGUCAACUGUGGUGGACUGUUUCAUGUCAAUUAGGAUGCUUGUGAUUGCUCUCUCGUUAUCUCUCUUAUUUAUUACUUGCUUGAUAAUAUGGAUCUCUUCGGUUGUAGUUAUUAAUCAAGGAGUUUCAAUUGAUAUUUCUAUAAUUUCCAUCAUUUCAUGGUUGACCUUUGUAGUGAUGAGUAUCUUGACAUUACUUACCAUUCCAAUUAUACAUUAUUUUACUUUGAAACGACCACUUCAAAGAAUUACUUUGCAACUCUUCAAAAUGAAGAAGAUGAAAUUUGAAGAUAUUGAGAAAAUGCCAACUUUGAUAGCCGAAUUCAUUCCCUUCUUUAGCCUCUUUUGGGAAUUUAACAAAGUCAUGAAGGAAAUAAGACCCUUUAUUCCAGAAAGCCUCUUUUCAAUGGAAGACGACGAUUUGGAAAAAGAACAAGAUAGACUGGCCGAGGAACAUCGUGAGAAACAACUCAUAGAGAUGAGAAAACUCGUUACUCAAAGAAAACAAGUUUCCAAAACGAGUUUAGUAUCAAGUUUUGUUGAAAUGAGUUCUGUUGGGGGCCAUUCUCAUAAGAGCAAGGUUUCACAGGCUACCACAUCAAUGACAAGCAAUCAUCAACAGAAAGUUAGCUUGGAAUUGGGGCUUUCAUCAUAUGUGGCAACAGUGUUGGUAAUUCAAUUUAGAAAUUUCGAUGGAAGAAGCUAUCCAAUUUCAACUGAUUUGUUGGGUGUUUUCACAAUGCUAUAUCAGAAAGUUCAGAGUGUUAGCAAACAAUUUAGGGGAAGAGCUACCAUAGUGACUCCAAAGAUAAUUAUGGUCAGUUUUGAGAAUGGAAGAAGUUUUGAGAAGGGAGCAUUGAUGUGUGCUGUUCAUCUGAAGAAACAAAUGGAAGCAGUCAAUUCACAACUUAAAGAUCAAGUCAAGUUACCAGAACUAGAUUAUGGAAUUGGAGUAUCUCGUUCUGAAUGUCUUGUAGGAAAUAUUGGAACUAGUCAGGUCAAGUAUUUUUCCUUGAUUGGUGAAUGCUCUAGCAAUGCAUUGAAACUGGCUUCUUUGAAUGCGACUCUUAGAACAAAAAUUCUAACUGAUGAAUCCAUGACAAAUGCUCUCCUUUCUGAUUUUAUUUCAAGACCUGUUCACUUUUCAAAGAGGAAUUCAGUUUUGGGAGAAGAUAUUGCUUUUGAUUUGGAUGGAAAGACCACCCAGAAAAUCAUUGAACUUAUAGGAGAGGACAAAGUUAAUGACGAUGAAUGGCUCUAUGAAUUGCAACAAAAGGAAGACUCACAGAAGUAUGUUAAUUUCGAAGAAGCAUUUGAGAUGCUCUUGUCUAGUUCAAUUAAUAGAGAAAUGUUGAGAAAAUCAUUGAAUAUUAUUGGUGAUUAUGUGGAAAAGGAUAGCAAAGAUCUUGUUUCAAAAUUAUUACACAACCAUUUGUCAACCUUAUUGAAUCUAAGAGAUGAGGAAUUGAGAGAACGUAUGAAAUCUUUCUGCCUGGAAGAUUACCACAUUGAUCUAAAACUUGAACCAACAUUUGUUUUGUAAAUAUCCCCGGGAAAAUAAAUUAUUGAAUUCAGUGAU